GGCUCAGCCACAAGAUUCACAGGAUCUCAGACGCAGCCUAGGUAUAGGUGGCAGCAGGAUGUCGGACACCGAGGAGCAGGAAUAUGAGGAGGAGCAGCCGGAAGAGGAGGCUGCGGAGGAGGAGGAGGAAGCCCCGGAGGAGCCGGAGCCAGCGGCAGAGCCAGAAGAGGAGCGCCCCAAACCAAGCCGCCCCGUGGUGCCUCCUUUGAUCCCACCAAAGAUCCCAGAAGGGGAGCGCGUGGACUUUGAUGACAUCCACCGCAAGCGCAUGGAGAAAGACCUGCUGGAGCUGCAGACGCUCAUCGACGUGCAUUUCGAGCAGCGGAAGAAGGAGGAAGAGGAGCUGAUCGCCUUGAAAGAGCGCAUUGAGCGGCGCCGGUCGGAGAGGGCGGAGCAACAGCGCUUCAGAACUGAGAAGGAACGCGAACGUCAGGCUAAGCUGGCGGAGGAGAAGAUGAGGAAGGAAGAGGAAGAGGCCAAGAAGCGGGCAGAGGAUGACGCCAAGAAAAAGAAGGUGCUGUCCAACAUGGGGGCCCAUUUCGGCGGCUACCUGGUCAAGGCAGAACAGAAGCGUGGUAAGCGGCAGACGGGGCGGGAGAUGAAGCUCAGGAUUCUCUCUGAGCGUAAGAAGCCUCUGGACAUCGACUACAUGGGGGAGGAGCAGCUCCGGGAGAAAGCCCAGGAGCUGUCGAACUGGAUCCACCAGCUGGAGUCUGAGAAGUUCGACCUGAUGGCGAAGCUGAAGCAGCAGAAAUAUGAGAUCAACGUGCUGUACAACCGCAUCAGCCACGCCCAGAAGUUCCGGAAGGGGGCAGGGAAGGGCCGCGUUGGAGGCCGCUGGAAGUGAGGAUGCCACCGGGACAGUGGCCCGCCCUGAGGCACCCGGGAAGCCUGGGAGUCUUUGUCCCAUGGGUAGCUUGAAAUAAACGCUCUCCUCAGACA